AUGGGAUAAAAAGUCAUGAGGCGCAGUUGGCUGUACGCUACACAUGACCUUUCUCAGUCAAAAACAAUGUGGUGGUCGCGCCUCCAGAGCAGAGGGCUCCACUCCUCGUCCUGUCUGAUGAAGAAGACUCCCGCCGGGCAGCGCUGGGUGCUGCGGCAGCUCAGAGACCCGUACGUCAAGGCUGCUCACCAACAGAACUUCCGGUGCCGGAGCGCCUUCAAGCUGCUGGAGAUAGACGACAAGUUCCGGCUCUUACAGCCCGGAUACAGCGUGGUGGACUGCGGGGCUGCACCUGGAGCCUGGAGCCAGGUGGCGGUGCACAGGGUCAACUCUGCCGGGACAGGUGAGACAGGAAGAAUAUCAGGGGUGGACAGAAUAACAGAGACAGAGCACAAGACACAAUCAGAUCCAGAGGUACCGUGCGGCACAGUUGUUGGCAUUGAUCUGCUGCACAUACCACCUCUGGACGGUGCCCACUUCCUGUCCUGUCAUGACGUCACUGACCCCGCCACGCACGCCAAGCUGCUGGAGCUGCUCCCCGGCGGCCAGGCUCACGUCAUCCUCAGCGACAUGGCUCCCAACGCCAGCGGUUUCCGAGAGAUGGACCACGAGAGACUCAUCACGAUGUGUUUGUCUUUGGUGGACUUGGCUGCGAAGAUUUUACGGCCGGGGGGCUCUCUGCUCUGUAAAUACUGGGACGGCAUCAUCGCUCAUAAACUCCAGGAGAAACUCUCGAGUGUGUUCGGCAGCGUUCAGACUUUAAAGCCAAACUCCAGCAGGAAGGAUUCCGCUGAGAGAUAUUUCUUUGCUAAAAUGUACAGAAAGACAGUAAAAAGAUAAUAGUUCUCUUUUAUUUUUCUACAUUGUGUCCUAAAAUGAAGAAUUUGUCCAGUUCAGAUGUUUUCUGGAGUUUUUUGGAGUGCGCACACACACAAUGUUUAAUGAGUGAACAUGAAGAGGAGGCUUACUUAAUGACUUUGAUCAAAAGGUGGCACUGUUGAGGCAUCAGUAAGGCUCCCAGCUGCCGACACAGACACAUUACAUACUGCUGGUGCUGAUUUUUAUCCCUUCAAACUUAACACAGCAGCAGCAGUGAAUGUCUAAUAUGUAAUCCUAUGCAAGAAUCAUCAGUGUGGUGUUCCUCAAGAGCCCAGUGCUGCUGUGUUCUCUCUCAACUUAUUGUUUGCCCCCUCAGUGUUUGUUCUACACAGUCAGUUUGGUGUUUGCUCUGUCACGGAAAGUCAUUUACCAGUGCUGCUUAUGCUAAUAAUUUGCACUGGCAGUCAUGUAGAAAUAUGUAAUCAUUCUCUCAAUGAGAGGUUAUGAAGGGAAAACCUAAUACAUAAGAGUCACAUACAGCAUGACUAAUGGGAAGUGGGAUGAUACUGCAGCUUGGCACGCAGCGAGUGUUGCCGGGGCUCUGCUCUCCGACAGCGGAGAGAUGUCCAUUUCCUGGGAAAACGUUUUCAGCCCAGUAGACAGAUUUUCUUUAAAGAUUCUUCUGUAAAUGACAGUGCUGAACAUCGUGGAGAGUGUUGUCAUGCUGAUUAUGGUCUUGUCAGAAUUUUGAAACACUGGCAAUGAAAUAAAAGGAUGUUUCUGUCAUAGUUACAUUAUAAAACGCACAAGUUGUAUUUCUGCUGGCACAGAAACAAAUAUAAGGGAUCCACGGUAUAGUUCCUGCUACCUAACAUUAAAA